AUGGCGUCUAAGUUAGAGCAAGAUCUCCGCUGCCCUGUGUGUCUUGACAUCUUUAAAGAUCCUGCCAUCCUGGUGUGCUGCCACAGCUUCUGUAGAGUGUGUAUACAGGACUGUUGGAAGGAGAAGAGGAGCAAGGAGUGUCCAGUUUGCAAGAAGAUGCAUUCAAGGGAAGAAUUACCUACCAACUUUGCUUUAAAGAACCUUUGUGAGAAUUUUCUGCAGGAGAGAGAGCAGACAGCUUCAGAGGCUUUCUGCAGUCUGCACUCUGAGAAGCUCAAACUCUUCUGUCUGGACCACCAGGAGCCAGUGUGUCACAUCUGCAGGGAUUCAGAACGGCAUGCCCAGCACAGAAUCAGACCCAUCGAUGAGGCCGCCCGACACAACAGGAAGAAACUUCAGGUAACUCUGCAGCCCUUAAAGGAAAAGUUAAAGAUUCUUUCAGAAGUGGAAGUGACAUUUGAUGAAACUUUCAAACACAUUGAAGUCCAGGCCCGGCACGCAGAGAGGCAGAUCAAGGAGCAGUUUAAGAUGCUCCAACAGUUUUUAGAAGUGGAAGAGGAAGCCAGGCUGCUUGCACUGAAGGAGGAAGAAGAGAGGAAGAGUCAGAGGAUGAAGAAGGAGUUGGAGGCUAUGAGCAGAGAGAAAGCAGCUCUGAUACUCACAAUCACAGACACAGAAAAUGAGCUGAAAGCUGAAGAUGUCCCAUUCCUGAAAAACUACAAGGCUGCAGUGGAAAGAGUACAGUGGUGCCCCCUGCCCCAGCCGAGAAAGGGAGCUCUGAUCGAUGUGGUCAAACACCUGGGCAACCUGAGCUUCAACAUCUGGAACAAGAUGAAGGACAUGACCUCCUACUCUCCAGUCAUUCUCGACCCUAACACGGCUCACUCAAACCUCCUCCUGUCUAAUGAUCUGACCGCUAUAAGAUGGAGAGAGGGACAGCUCCCUAAUAAUCCGGAAAGGUUUGAUAGUAUCAGCAGCGUCCUGGGAUCUAAAGGCUUCGACUCUGGGACUCACAGCUGGGACUUCGAGGUUGGAGACAGUGGAAAUUGGUUCCUGGGUGUGGCGGCGGAGUCUGUCCAGAGGAAGGGAUUCAUUCAAUCUGGAUUAUGGUCAGUACGCUUUGGUGAUGGUGAUUACAAAACAUUCUCACCACCACACCCAGACACCGUUCUCUCAGUGAAGAAGCCGGUAAAGAGGAUCAGAGUAACUCUGGAUUACAGCGGAGGAAAGGUGUCGCUCUAUGAUCUGGACACUAAAACACAUAUCCACACCUUCACGCAAACGUUCACUGAGAGGGUGUUUCCGUACGUUUCCAGCACACAUAAGGUGAAGAUUCUACCAGAGAAGAUCUCUGUGACUGGGAGGACACAGUAA